UCCCUCCCACAAUGCACCGCUUGCGUCGUCUGAGCAACCACGGACGGGAAUAGCUGUUAUGCUAAUUUAAACCGAGCCAAACCGAGUAGAUUCAUUUUAAAUUAGUGAAAAAGCUAACAGGGAUUCGUCCUUGUUCACUUUUGUAAGGCUAGUAGAAAGUUGGGGACGUAUGCAGCGGUGAUUCCUGCUCCUAGCGGCUGGUGUUGGCGGUGCUCUUUAGCAUGAGGCUAACCGCUUAGCUGGUAACAUCAGCUGGUUGGCUGGUAACAUCAGGCAGGCUGGCCGGACGGACAAAGGGAAGAAACGACUUGGAAAGUUUAAAUUACACACGCUAAUUCUGAAAGUGACUGCGGCCUCGUAGUAGUUAAGUUAGCGGAUUUUUUUCUUUUUUUUUAAAAAAAAAAACUUAAUUUAGAUAUUGUCGAGCGGUUCCGGGCUGACGUUUGUUAAAUAUCGGCUUUCGGUAGCUUCAGCGAACGUAGCUAGAAAAACACAAUGAGCACCGAAGAGACCGCAGCGCCUACUAAAACCGCCCCGGAGGAUGAUGGCAUGACGUGGUGGUACAGAUGGCUCUGCAAAAUAGCUGGGGUCCUGGGAGGAAUAUCCUGUGCCAUCUUGGGAGUGUGGAACUGUGUCACUGUGAAUCCUUUAAACAUUGCCGCAGGAGUAUGGAUGGUGUUGAACGCCUGCGUGCUGUUCCUCUGUGAAGUCCCAUUCUGUUGCCAGUUCAUAGAGUUUGCUAAUGCAGUCGCAGCCCGUGCAGAUAAACUCAAACCCUGGCAGAAAGCCUUCUUCUAUUGUGGGAUGGCUCUGUUUCCCGUGUUCUUGAGUUUCUCCAUUACAACCUUGUUCGGAAACGCCAUUGCCUUUGCCACGGGAGUUCUGUACGGCCUGGCGUCUUUAGGCAAAAAGGGAGACGCGGUGACUUACGCCAGACUGCAGCAUCAGAAACAGGGGGAUGAAGAGAAGAUGACCGGAACCACAGAGUGAGGCACCUGCCUAUCGACCUUACUCCUCUUCUUCUCAUUUUUUUCCGGUCGUUACACUUGAAUCGAUCUCCCUGUUCUCCAGCCUUCCUACCUCUCCCUCCCUCCACGCUCCUUUCAUCGUCUCUGUCACCACAUAACAUUGGUCCUGAGUUUAUUUGUUUACCUUAACUUCUACUGUUUUCUUGAUUUAAUAGCAUCCAAACAAAGUGAUUAUUACCGAGCCUGUGAUUUGGUACCUGGAUUGUAAUGGGAGUUUUCAUUGUGCCGUGACACCUUAAACUGAAUGUUUGUUUUAUGGGUUGUGUUAGUUUCUUCCUCCCUGCUGCUCCAAAUCAAUUUUUUUUUGUGGAAACCUUUCGACUUAAAUCUAUUAAGCCCAAAAGCCUUUCAGGAAAAUUAAAGUGAUUGUAAAAUGUACAUAAUUGACUUCAGUCUGACUCCGAGGCUGUGAUUCAGAGUUGUGUUACAGAGGGAGUGCAAAUGACACUUGGACCUUUGUGUGCGUUGGCUUCAUAUCAAACUGAAAAAGCCACGCAGCAAGAGGGGCUGGAAGUACAAAGUAUGAUGCAAAUACUUCACUCUCAGAUCAUUUACUCUAGAAUAGGUCUGGGUUUUAUUUUUAAUUAAAUGUCAACUAGUGUUGGGACAAAGUUGUGAAAACUAGCAGUAAAGAAGUUAUGUUUUCUCACAUGAUUGGAGUCUUUAAUGUUUUAACUCAUCAGAUUUGAUGAAUUAAAAUUGCCUGUGUCUACUUGUUUUUUUUUUAAACUUGUGUAUUUUAUUUAAAGAAACUUUUUAAAUUGGCCAUGACAGCUACACCAAGUGUUUUCUUAACUUUUGCAGAGCACGAGUAUCAAAGUGUUCUUCUUCGGUGAAUUACUUUGCGUGGAUUUCUGAACACUGCUGGAAGUGUCCAGGAUUUAGGACGGGCGGGGAGGCGAGGGGGGUGGAUUUAACGGUGCAGUGUCAUGCCCACUGUACACACACGACUCUGAACUGCAGCCAGAGCGCAUUUGUAAGCAUAAGGAUAUUUCUAACUCCUGGGAAUGUAUCUGGUAUACCCAAAGAUAAAGACCUUUUUAUCUUAAUUUAUGUUUUAUUCUCUCUUAUUAUACCCUGAGUUGAAGCAUUCCUGCACUGAACCUUGGGUGGCUUUGGUGCACGGUUCAGCUUGUUUACAUACGGUGAAAAAUGAGAGUAGUAGUAAGAGUAGCCAAGAUGUGGCUGACAACUUACAUAAUGAGAACUGGAAUGUGCUCUCAUUUGUAAAACCUUUAUUUUUUUUCUUUCUUUCUUCCUUUUGGAGUAUGUUACUUAAUAUCUGCCUAUUGUUCCAUGUUUAUUAUAACGCUGUACCAAAACCCACAAUUUAAUGAGGGGAAGUGUCUUGAUUCAGGGACUAAUUGGCCGGUACCCCACACAAUCACCAGAGCCAUGGGUUCACCCUUGUCAUUCAAAUGAGGUAUGCAGUGGUCAGUAACGUUUGUGUUGUCAUGCCGUCGGUAAGGAGGACGCUUUUGGAAUAACUUGCUUACCUCUUGCAGCCGUUACUGUGUUACGUCUAUAACUAGCUGCUAAGUGACCGAGUGGAUUAUUCACACCUUACCACCAGCUCUCAGGUACCAUACUUAACCGUGCACAGCAUUACGUGUCAUAGUAGUUCAUGCAUAGAUCAGUGGUAGCUAACACAAGCAUGAAAUUAACAUCUGAGCCAAUGGAAAAGCAUUUAAAAAGUCGCACAACCAGCGUUCACAAGUGUGUCCACAGUUUAACACUACACUCUGCACACUACAGGUUUAACACGCCGCUAUGAUUGUUCACAGCCAUCCAUCCGCUGUCCCCUUUUAACUUUACUACUGCAGUCACGUCCAUUCAAGAGCCAUGAACUGAUUGUUAUUAUAAUUUUUUUUUCCUGCAGGAGUUGAGUGUGUGUUUUUUGCUUUAAGGAAUGUGUGUUUUAAUGUGUGUUGUGAUGUGAAUCCUGAUCCUGAUUCUGAAUUAGUGGAUUAAACAAACUUGCUACUA